CCCAACUAUUUUCUCUGCCGUGUCUAACCCGACCCGACCCCUUUUUUGGUACCCAAAACCCUCUUUAGUUUCUCUCCUCCUCCGAUAUAUAAUCGACGCCGGCACAGUCCUCGGAGCUCCACGCACUUUGACGACCGACCAAGAUGGAGAAAUCUCUAGUGACCCUCGAGAAAGGAACCACCUGCUCCUCUUGGAACUACUCCGGCCAGAGACUCGCCACCGGCUCCCUUGACGGAACUCUCACCAUCUUCGACUCCCCAACUUCUUCUUCCUCUUUCUCCUCCUCCUCAAAACUCAAGGUGCAUCACGCUUCCGGCGUUGUGAAGGUUGUUUGGGUUCCGCCGCAGUUCGGUCACGCCGUGGCGUGUGUUUGUGCUGAUGGAACAUUGUCUUUGUGGGAAGAGACUGUUGAAGACGCACAACCUGUUCAAUGGAAGCUGUGCAAAAGCUUCAAAAGUGAUUCAGCUCAGAUGCUAGAUGUUGAGUUUGGAAGUUCGUCGUCGAGUUUGAAGAUGGUAACCGCGUAUUCAGACGGCAGUGUCAAAAUCUAUGAACUACUCGAUCCCUUGGAAUUGAAGAACUGGCAGCUGCAGGCAUCUAUAUCAUGGAACCCAAGAGGAGGAGAAAGCCAGGAAACAAGUUUUGUUUUGGGUUUUAAUUCAGACACACAACAACUUAAUUCCUCAAAGGUAUGGGAAUUUGAUCAAGCUCAUCAAAGAUGGCUUCCAGUUGCAGAAUUGGCUUCUCCUGAUGAGAAGGGUGUUCAGGUCUAUGCUGUUGCUUGGGCACCAAACAUUGGCAGGCCCUAUGAGGUCAUUGCUGUUGCCACUCACAAGGGAAUAUCAAUAUGGCAUCUUGGAUUAAACCCUGACUCAGAUGGAAGGCUCUCUACAGAGAAAGUUGCACAACUUACUGGUCACAAAGGCGAGGUCUGGCAACUGGAGUGGGACAUGAGUGGAAUGACAUUGGCGUCCACUGGGAGCGAUGGGGUAGUACGGUUGUGGCAGUCUAAUUUGAAUGGCGUUUGGCAUGAAGAAGCUACACUGGAACCCGCUUCCUAGUUCUUCCCUUCCCUGCUACAUUUUAGAGUUGCAAUUUCUAAGAUCGAGGAUUAGAGAUUCUGUCUUUGCACAUUCGUUCAAGUCGAUCAAUAUCAAAAUGUGGUCUAUAUUCUUGGUGUGUCUCACUAUCACUCUUAUGGAAAGAUUGGAUGGUAGAAGAUUGAUGCUCAUGAAGUUAUUCAAUUACGUGCCGUGGAUGAAUGCAAUUCAAUAUCAACUACUUUUAUACGUUAUAAUGAUCGUAUCACUUGUUGAGAUUGAAAUUAGCCGAUCAAUAAAUUUCUUAUUCAUGUGGAGUGGAACAAAUGCAUUACAUGCUUCAGCGUGCGUGUAACACUUCAGACCAGAAAACCAAAAAAAAAAAAAAAAAAGACUUCAGCGUGCGUGUAACACUUGAGACCAAGAAAA